UUUUUUCUAGUUAGGCCGGCAUCGCCACAAUUUAUUAAUAUCUUAUGCAUUGUCUCUGAGUCUGUAGAUGCUAGUCUCUCUUCUCGUUCUCAUCACUUUUUAUAUCCAGCACCGCUCUCUCACUCUCGCUUACAACCAUUCUGGCACUUACCUGAAGCUUAACUCGUUACUAUUCUCUCAGACUCUGGAUGCCAGCUUGAGGUUCGUGGAGGCUCGGUAGGUCUUGUGUGUACCGAUUCUGUUUGAUCAAGUCAUCGGGUUGUAGUCAGUGUAGUUGUUGAACUUGAAGAAAGGCUUCCAAAUCAUAUAUUAUCCCGUUAUCCACCACCUCCUGCUCGGCCUAGCCCACCACGGUCUAAUCGUCCAUGAUCUAUUUGCUAUUUAUGGCGGGAACACAUGUAACGCCUGGACUACGAUUCGGUCAUUCAUCAAUCUUCGUGAUAUCAUCUUUUUUGACAUUACCUGUAGCUGCAGCGGUAGUCGUAGGCAGUCGACGCCAGAUAUGCGCUUGUCAAACAUGAUCAUUGCGCGCGGCAGACCGACGGCAUUGACAUUGACUUGUUUGACUUUGUUGUAAGAAGGAUAACGGUUUCCAAAACAGGUAGUUGUUUAAGCGUCGAAUCGAAGUGAAAGCUUUCGAAAAUGACAGACCACGCGGGCGAUGGCAAGGUAUCUCCGGAGGAGAGCCAGGAACAAUCACUUGCUGAGCAGCAAGCGGAGGUCGAGGGCAACGGGAAGGAUUCUACAACAGGAGUCAAUGGGAACGGCACUCAAUCUCAAAGUAACCAAGAUGAAGGUGACGCAGCCGCCAUAGUAACCGGCGCGGUCGUUCGUCCCACGUCGCCGUCCCGCUCCGCCCCGCUUGUCCGCCGCACUUCCCGUACAUUUUCAGAUGCCGAGAUUCCCGACUGGGCCUUGCGUCCUGCCACCGCAGAGGAACGGAAGAACGGGUUCAAGUCGAAGGAAACGGCUUUACCUGUGCACGUGACUUUUUGGAUACAACAGUGGAAAGUCGUUGCCAAGGACGGUCACGAAUUGAUGGAGAUGAAGAUGCGACUACUCAUCAUUAAGGCUUUCUUUCUUUCUUUUUCUUCUUCUUCUUCUUCAAUGAAAAUGGCAAAUUCGAUCAUUCUUGUUGUGUCAUUUGAUGUGGUAACCGCCAAUAUUAGCAUGUAGUUGGCACUUGGAUUUGCAGGAGUUCCCCUCUUGAGUAGUUUUUUCUCCGUUUCUCCCGUUCAUCGGCUGCUGCUUUGGCUGGUCUUGGAUUUUCAUUCUUAUGAAAAACCGAAAGAGGCACGAAAACUUGAACAAUUGAUUUGGGAGCGCUAACUACACAUGGCGCGACUACCGGCUCGCCAACUGGAGCUUGGAAGAGGAAGUGCCGCCAGAGAUAUGGAAGCCGGAGAUUUUCAUUGUCGGCGAGGGUGGUAUGGAUAUCGAACCGAAGGACCUGGAAAAGCCGCCGUCCUUCGCAACGCGCGAACGCGACCACGGCGAGCUGGAGUGGAUUUUGUUCACGAAAGAGACGCGCUUUGAGGUUUUGUCUUCGGCCGACGGGCUGCGGAGCUUUCCGUUCGACAGCGCGCGUUACGACUUUAUUGUGUGCUUAAGCGGCGAAAAGAGACUCGAGGGCAGCCAGGAGGUGUGCUUCGAAUUUGAAAAGUCUUGUUCUCAGAGCAUGUACGUGCCGGUUGCGGACCCGCAGAAGUGCACGAGCGGGGAUUUUGACCUGGUCGGCGUUUCCUAUGCGAAAGGCGCGCACCAGUCGUAG